UUACAUCCUUGACUCUAGUAAGCCUGAAAAGAGCGAGGAUGUUAGGCAAUACAGUAGACAUACUUGGAUUGUACCUAUGUUGGCUUCUGCCAUGCAACAAUGCUUGUCCCUGUUCUUCAGUGACUGGAAAGAAGAUGUAACUACAUGGGCUUAUAAGGAACCUGUUGUGCCUACACACCGGUUUGAGGUUGAGAGUGGUGUUUAUACUUUGGAGUUCAUGAAGAAUUGGAAGGGGACAGACGUCGCCAAAGAGCUCAAUUCAGCUUGCAUUGACAAGGUUAGGGCCAACAUUCUACUGGACAUUCUUACCAUCAGAGAUAAUGUAGCGGCACUUCCAGAUUUCGUCAAACAACUUGUGAGGCAAUACGAGGAUGGAGUAGUCGUGAAGAAAUGAAGACUGUCUUAUUACCUUUAUUUCAUAAUUUACAUAAUUAUAUCGAACUUGUUGUCACUUUCAGAAAAAGUAUUGACCAUUCUGUGUAAUAAAUACGACAAUUUGCUUCA